AUGGAGACUCUGGUCAGACGAAUGCAGAGCGCUGAUGCCGGCGUGCCGGUGAGAUGUCAGAAGCUCUUUUUGACCACCAUCCCAUCGGCCUUUAUGGGGUACGACCUCAUCGAAUGGCUGAUGGAGAAUCUUCCCAUAGACGACUCUGCCGAGGCGCUCCAUCUGGCCUCCCUUCUCUGUCAGCACGGCUACUUCUUUCCUGUCGGCGACGCCAAGACUCUUCAGGUCAAAGAUGAUUCUUCUCUCUACCGUUUCCAGACUCCAUACUAUUGGCCCUCUCGAAAUCACGUGCCGGACUCCACGGACUACGCCAUAUACCUCCACAAGAAGAUCGCUAAAAACAAACAAAAACACGGACUCGAGGACUGUGAACUGGUAAGGGACGAUGAGCUAAAAAAAAAACACACUUUUUGA